AUGGGCGUUGUAGUUCUGGCUCUCCCCAAGCCCGGCGCGCCUCUCCUCGAAGCGUCCCCCGCGCGACGCCCCGGCGCGGUGGGCGAGGGGCGACCCGACCCCAGUUCGCCCCUGCGGCGCCGGGACGAGGGAGGAUUCGAACUGGGGUCUCCGGGGCUGCGCCGGCCACCCGGUUGGCGGGCGGCCGGGGAGGAUGGACCGGGGACCGCGUCUCAGCAGCCGAGGCUAACCCUGCAGGCUGCCAACCCAGCUUCGCUCCUCAACGCCAACCCUGUGCUCCAGCGAGCCCUCCUCAUCCAACAGAUGCAAGGUAACUUAAGAGGCUUCAACGUGGCCGCCGCUCCUGUGUUGCAGCAGUUCUUCCCUCAGGCCACACGGCACUCUCUGCUGGGCCCCCCGCCGGUGGGGGUCUCCCUCAAGCCCCCCCACCUGGCUUUCUCGGCCCUCCCGUUUCAUCGCCAGAAUCGGACUUUUCGCAAGGACUUUCCAAGGGUCGCCGAGAGGAAGCGAGAGGCAGACGGCGCGUCGUCCUCCUCUCAAGGGCAAGGCGAGGAGGGGGCUGCACCGGUGGGAAAGCGGCCUGGCUCUCCGCCUUCAGAGACCCCGCUAGAGUCCCUUCGGGAUGGCGAGCCGGCGGCCAAGCAGCUCCGAAGUGAAGCAGAAAUCUCCAACUCUGAAGAUACAGCGGGCUUUCUAAAAGCAGAAGAGGCUGGCGCUGAAUCUCAGCUGGAGGAUGCCGACCCCGGGGAAGGAGAUGCCGCGGACGCUGCUUUGGAGGAGAACUUUGAAGAGGAGGUGACAACGCCAGAGGUGGUGAGCAGCGCUGGCACUCUGAAGGUGACGAUCCAGCAGAGCAGCGAGAGCCGGGUGAUCAGCACCACCCCGGCGCUCAAGCCGGGCCCGUCCCACCCCGUCCUGCACGCCAGCCCCGGAGCCGCCUUGAAAUUCUACUGCUACAUCUGCAGAACGAACUGCUGCAGCCAACAGAAUUUCCAGACGCACAUGGCAGGGACGCAGCAUCAGCAGCGGCUCCAGGACAUCCAGCGGAUGAGCAACGUUUGCCUUGUCUCCCUGCUGCCUAUGGCGAAGGAGCCAACGCCGCCAGCAGACAGAGACGGGGAGAGCCAGCAACGCUGGUGUAAUACCUGCCAGCUGAACUUCAGGGGUGACCUGAUCAAGCAUCGUCGGACUCAAGAACACAAGCUGGCCAAACGUUUCCUCCGCCCCUUUUGCACCGUCUGCAGCCGUUACUUCAAAACUCCCCGCAAGUUUGUGGAGCACAUGAAGUCCCUGGAGCAUAAGCAGAAGGCUCAAGAGGUGAGGCUGGCCGAGAAGGAGCUGGAUGGACCAGAAGACUCGGAGGAGCUGAUCACGGUCGACGCUGUGGGAUGCUUUGAAGAGCAGGAUGAGGAAGAUGAGGAGGAAGAUGAGGAAGCCGGGGAGGCGGGCCAGCUGGAUUCGGCAGAGGCACUGAGUCAGCAGGUUGGGCACAGAGAAGCGUCUGUGGAAGACCCAGGAGAAGAUGUUGAGUAUUGUCCAGACACGGUCUACGGCCUGGACUUUCUGGUUCCCGUGGCAGGUUUCCUCUGCCGGCUGUGCCACAAAUUCUACUCGAGCGACUCGGCCACGCGGCUGACCCACUGCAAGUCCCUGAUGCAUUUUGAGAACCUUCAGCGAUACCGGGCCUCCCGGCUCCAGGCCACGGCUGCACACGCGGAGGCCCCCCUGCAGCCCCUUCAGGGGCUGAGCGACCAACAGGCUCCCACUGCAACGAAGCUGCAGGAUCCUGAAGAGGCACUUACUGGACACAAGAGAAUUACAACCUUGGGGGCCCCUUCUGAGCCCCCCGGGGCAAUCCAGAGAUGCCCGGGAGACUUUGAAACGGAGGAUAUCUGCGGAGCUCCCGUCAUCGAUGAGAAAUGCAGCCCGUCGCCGGUGAGCGACAGUUCCUUAGGGCAAGACGCUGGGGUGUCAGGGGAGGGGGCUGGACUGUACCCCCCAGGAGAGCAGCUUAGUCUGGAGAUUCAGCAAAAGGCGGCUGUAGAUUCAGCAUCAACCAACGAAGAGAACGCCAAGCCGAGCAAAGGCAUGGCCGGCCGGGAUGGGGGGCCUCCCACACCGGCUGAAGGAGAGACUGUCUCUGCCCCCCGGCGGUCAAACCGGCGCAGGGCAAGAUGAGAGUUAUGGCAAAAGCGGCCUUCCUCAUCUGUAGAUUUUUCUGAGAGCUUUCUCCCUCCCUUCGCCUUCUACUUAUAGAGAAAAAGAGAUGCUCUAGUUUUCCUGCAGUUGGUUGUUUAAAAAAAAAAAAAAUUAAAAACCCUACAGCUUUUCUGUCUUCGGUGCAGGAUUUACCCCGAG